GGCCAGGGCUUGGGUUUCCGGUGGCUGAUGCUCUGCUCUCUUUCUCUUUCCCUGUGCUUGCCUCUCUCUGUCUCUCUAUCACAGAGCCUUUAAUAUAAUCUCAACCAGGGAAGGAGCAGGAGGAGGAGGAGGAGGAGGGGAGCUUUCCAGCCCAGACACACACACACAGCGAGACAUUGUUAUUCAAGGAGGAGCAACACACACACACACAGACACAGAGGGAUCCUCCAGGGCCAGGGGGUGCCUGACACUUUCCCUUUCCUCCUAGACACAACAACAGCACACUCCUCCUGGAGUAGCCUAAACAAUCCCAGGCUCAUCAUCAUCAUCAUCCCCUCGCCAUCUAAUAUUACGCAGAGAGCACGGGCUCCUCCUCCUCCUCCUCCCAUCCCAUAACACACACAGACAGACACACACACACACAGGGCGCCUGGCAUUCCUAUGGAAGGACACGUGCAGAUGGAUAAAUGGAUGGUUUUGCGGUUAAGGUUGUGGUUUAUACCUGAAGAAAUCCGAGUCGAAACCCGAGUCCAAUUGUCCAGCCUGUGUUAGACUUCCUAGGUGUGCUCUGGAACAAAGGUGCUGAGGCUGUACCAUGGAGGACUGCCUUCACACUUCUUCUGAAAACCUCUCCAAACUGGUCAGUUGGGCUCACAGCCAUGGCACCAUCUGCAGCCUCAUCCCGAAUCUGAAGCACCUUCUCUCGGAGGGCUCCCAUGGCAACCUGACAGCCAUGUGGGGCUGCAGUGCAGGCCAUGCCUACCAUUGGCCUCUGACGGCAACGUGUAGGGCUGGCUCUCAAGAAAGAGUUUGCUUCCAAGACAGCAGGAGCUUCAAUUCAGACAGCCCCAGUAUUAUAGGUGUUGCUUCAGACACUCAAACCAGCCCUGUGGAGAGAUAUUCUGGGCGGGCUGGAAAAACAAAGCUGGACUGCAACCGAACUAGAGACUCCUGCGAUUUCUCCUAUUGCAGUGAACCUUCUGAACUUGAUGAAGCAGUCGAGGAAUAUGAAGAUGAAGCCACUCUUUUUGACAUGGUUUGUGAGUCCUCGGUGACAGACGAAGACAGCGAUUUUGAAACUCACCCUCAAAGAUCUCAGACACGUUCCCGCAAAAGAUUGGGCCCAGGUCCCUCUUCCUCAUUCCAUCCAGGUUCCCGCUCCCAGGCAAUCGGCACAGACAGCAACGAUGUGCUGGUCAAGAAAAUCAAACAAGAACUCCCUGAGGAUUAUUACAUUGUGGCUAAUGCAGAAAUUACUGGUGGCAUUGAUGGGCCUGCAUUGUCUCUGACACAGAUGUCAAAACCAAAAGCUCACCCAGGAGCCCCCUACCCCAUGGCAUCUAAGCCCACCCCUCAAGCAACAGUGCCACUCAGUGCUGAACUUGAGUUGCAAAGUGUCUCUGCUUCUUCGCCCGUCAUGUCAAGGGCAACUGCUCAGAAGCCUCCCAAGGGGCCUCUGGCAUCGCCCAGCAGAGGACCUGGCAACACGGCGGCAGUCAACCCACAGGUAGCCCUCCAGAUGCCCGCCAGCACUUCCAAUGCUGGCAAACCCAUAAGCAUUCCCUUAUCAGCCUUGCAGCUCCCUGGGCAAGAAGAGCAAGCGGCCUCAGAAGAGCUCUCCCAGCCCUUGCCAAAUCAAGAUCCCAGCGAUGUAGCAUUAUCGCCUUCUGUUAGUAUAGAGCCGGAGGUUAGCUCUAGCCAGCAGCAGUCGAACACAGCUCCCGUCAUGCCCACCGAGGCCAUGGCACAGACAAUACCAGACCAAGAUGAGCGAGCGGCAGAACUGAGCAGAGAGCAAAAUGAAAAAACUAUUCGCAGUACCCAGACAGCACUCCGCAACUUCAGGGAGUUCCUCAUUGCUAAGUAUCCUUCAGAAACCCGGGAGAUCUACGUAAUUCCUUGUAAAGAGCUGGAUGCGUACCUAGCAUCAUUCUUUGUUGAUGCCCGACAGAAGGACGGUUCAGAAUAUGAGCCAAAUAGUUUGGCCAACUACCAAUGCGGGCUGGAAAGGUAUCUCAAGGAGCACAGAUAUGGAUACAGUAUUACCAGGGACAAGGAAUUCAAGAGGUCUCAAGAAGCACUUAAGCAGAAACAGAUGGAACUGAGAUGCAAAGGGAAAGGCAACAAGCCACACAAGUCGAUGAAACUUACCUUUGCGGAUGAGCUUAUCCUACGCAAAAGAGGCCUGCUGAGCCGAUACAACCCCGAAGGGCUGCUAAACCUUGUUUGGCUUAAUAACACCAAGGCGUUUGGCCAUUGUACAGGCUUCCAUGGGUCGACCCUCAAAUGGGGGGACAUACGGCUUCGGGUGACAGAGACUGGAUUGGAAUAUUUGGAAUGGAUGGGUCAAGACUGUGGAGAUGGGAGUUCCAAAACCAAGAGAGCGGGCACCGACUCCAGGGUGUAUGCCACACAUCAUGCCCCACAGACCUGCCCUGUCCAAGACUAUAAGGAGUAUGCGCAGAGACGCCCCCCUGCCAUGCGGUAUGAGGAUGCCCCAUUCUACUUGUCCAUUAAGCCGGUGGUGAAUCUAGCUGCCCUUCACUGGUACAAUUGUCAAGCCCUUGGUAAGAACAAGUUGGCCAAGAUGGUCAAGACUAUGUGUGAAAAGGGCAACAUCCCUGGUAGGAAGACCAACUUCAGUGUGUACCAGAGUUGUAGCACACUUUCUGAAGCUCAAAGCAACCAGUUGGUACUGAUCUGCAACAACCUAAGCCAGCAGGCAGCUCAGUCAAUGGCGAGCCAUUCCAGCUCUGGCAACUUCAUAGUAACAGCCUCUUAUGACUCUUCUUCAGACACAGCUUGAAAAGAACACUUCCCGAUUGAAGCAUUGGGCCAGUGCCCAUGUGUCAACUGUGACUCUGUUUCACCCUCCUGACUCAUUUCCCCCCAAUGUCAAUUCACUUUAUUAAAACAAAUAAUAUAUAUAUUCUUUUUACAAAUAUGUGAAUAGAAAUAGUUUAGUAUAAUCUCUAUAGUAUUUAUAAUGCUACUAUUUAAAAAAUGAAACAUACUUAUGGGGUGCUAAUGUAAUGGGAAAUUUUCUAACUGGAAAUUGUUUUCAGACAUAUAAGGGAAACAUCACAGUUUUUAGGCACAGUCCACAUUACAAACAUGAACCAGAGUGAAAUUGUCCCAUAUACUCAUGUAUAAAUCUAGAAAAUCAAUCCAGAGCCUAGAUAAACUUAUCCACAGGUCAACAUGAUUACUGUAGCUUGGAUCUCAUCACAUUGAUGAGGUUGUGCAGGGCGAUUUGCGGGACAGUGGAACAAUUCCGAUGCCCUGCCUCGCCCGCAGAGCCGCUUCUCCAUCACGCGUGGGAAAGCGUCGCCAUGUGGCUUCCUCCUGCAUCUCACCCUUGUUCCUAACAGAACAUAGGAAGCCACCUGUGUUCUGGGCACAGCGUUGUAGGAUACUGGAGCCCAAGUUGAUUGACAGAGCUUCGCUGGAAGUGAGCAUAUGUCAUGUGAUGACCAGUGUGGCACUCCAUGGAUCAACUGGUGGUGAAAAAAUUGGCUGCAGUACAAGGUUUCUGAAUGCCACCCAUUUACACAAAUCUAUUACCAACAACAGGCAGCAUUUCACAAAAAGCAAAAUCAGUCUGUUUCGCAAGCCUUGCAAAUGCUCGUUUGUACAUCUAUUUUAUAUACCUAUACUGGGCUCAUGAAAAAAAUUCUUGGGCCAAAAUGGGUCAUGAGUGGAAAAAGUGUAAGACGCCUUGAUCUAGAACAGUGUUUCUCAACCUGGGGGUUUCAGAGGGGUCGCCAAAGAUGAUCAGAAAACACAUAUUUCUGAUGGUCUUAGGAACCCCUUUGGCAGAGAAAGAUGAAGAUCUCUCUGCCUGUCCUUUUUUGGAAACAGAUGGUGAAUCCUCCCACCAAAAGCCCUCCUGCUGUGAUUGGCCGGCCUCUCAGCCAAGGGGAGGGCUGUUUCUGAGACUCCAAGUAGGAAGGUGAGAGCAGGUGUGCCUGGUGCAUUGCAGCGUGGUGCACAUGUGUGGGCGAUGGAGAGCAUGCUAAGAUACGGGAGGCUCGCGCCAGCAAGUAUCUUCAAGGCGGGGGGAAAGCACCCGUUGGUGAGGUUCAGAAUGUUCUUUGAUUGUAAGUUAACUGUAAUAGCCAGCAACGAAAACUCCCUAAUGACAAAAUCAGUCCUCCCCCCAACCCCACCAGUAUUCAGAUUUGGGUGUAUUGGGUAUUUGUGCCAAAUAUGGUCCAGUGAAUGAAAAUACAUCUUGCGUAUCUGAUAUUGACAUGAUGAUUCAUAACAGUAGCAAAAUUACAGUUAUGAAGUUGCAACAACAAUAAUUUUAUAGUUGGGGUCACCGCAACAUGAAAAACUAUAUUAAGGUGUCACGGCAUUAGGAAAGUUGAGAAACACUGAUCUAGGAGGAGUCUAACACACACUGCUCUAUGCUUCCCACAAAACAUGAUGUAUUCUGAACUUUAUACUUUAAGGUUAGCGCCGAGAGUGUUUCACUGCAGUGUACACAAAAUGACAUUUCACUUGCUUUUUUAGUUCAGGAACAUGGUAAUGGAAUAGAUAUGAAACUGACUUAAAUUUCCAGUGCAGGCAUAUUUAUGAAGGCAGCAAAGUUAAUACAUAAACAGUGACCACUGGGAACAAGUUUUGCAUGACCUCCAUGACAGUGGGUCGAAUAGAGUGUGCUGUGUACCACCUAUUCAUUGACAUUGAGGCAGGAAACAAUGGCACUUGACUGUGUCCAAAGUGUGUCAUCCCUUGUUACUUGAACAUAACUUUGAAAAAGAGUGUGAAUUCCCCCACAGAGUUCAUAUGCCUUUAGAAAGAGUGUUAUUGAUUUAAGAUAACUCCUGUAUUUAUGGGUGAAGGGCACAUUAUGUAUAUGUCCUUGCAUAAAAUAUGUUUGUGUUUAGUCAGACUGAGCAGGAGAAAAAAGUGAGGUGAUGUUUACUUAAUGUUUUGCUUCUUGUCAUGGGAAAAAGAAAUGUGGAUUGAUCAACACAAUGAGAAAAAGUGUGGUCUUUUAAAAAGAAGUAUAGCACUCAUUAAUAUGCAAAAAUAUUGAGGCAAAAAGGAAUCUGAUCUGGAAUAUAUUGUGGGAGGGGGAGAAGAGAAUUGGCCCACGCAUAAGAACAGUGCUUUUCCAAAUGGAAUGUUCCUUUAAUCUCCAGACUUCUAGCAUUGUGUUAAUUUAAAAUGCCACUUG